CCCAUUUCCUUCAUUGUGGGCAGUGAGAGUAAGCUGUGUGUGUGUAUGAGUGUGUGUACACAAUACAGGAUGUUUUUAUUAGGAGCGACUGCGCACUCUCUCUCUGUCGGAGACUGAAUCUUUCAUUAUAAAUAAAUUCAGUAUAUUUACGGGGGAAAAGGACAACAGCAGUGGGAGCCGCCUGUGCGAUCCGCAGGUUCGAGGUGUGAUUUUUUUGUGAAGUAACACUCUGCGUGAUCAGACACCAGCUGAGUUGAACCUGAAGCCUCCAUGUGAUUACAGACCCGCAUCUUACUGGAGCUGAUCAUCGGUGAAGCAUCGUGUUGUGUGGAGCCAGAAACAGUGACAGCAUUUUGCAGCCCGGUUUGUGAAAUGAAUCCCAGCCGGCAGGCAGACUGAGAUCAGACAGCGGAUGUGGGAGGACACUAGAAGGACGGGGGUGCUUUCCUGGUCUGGAAUAAACAGCGAAGUCUCUGCGUGGAUAAACAGUGUCAUCUCUUCACUUCACAGAAAUGGAGAAGAACCUAGACGCAAGAAUCGUCCUUAGAAUUUCUCCUAGAUUUUCUUUCCACUACCUCCUACCUUCCUCCUCUAGCUGCUUAGACCCUGAUGAUGGAAAUCAACACACUGGAUUAUAAAGCUUCAAUCAAAGCAUGGGAGUGGGAUUCAUUUCUCUUGUCUGGAUUUCUCUUUAAUGAAAUAAGGAACUAUUUGUGCCAUUAGUUCAUUGAAUCCAUUCAUCAGCCCUGAGUCUGAUACGGACAGAAUGACAGCAUUCCGGUCAUCCCUUUUGGCUCUGAUAACGCGCACAUUUUCUCCAUCUGUUCAUCAGGAGCGAUGCUUUUCCACAUGACUCCUCUGCAUGCAGACGUUCUGGCUUUCUGUUGUUUUAAAUCAGGUGUUUGCUGAGGAAUAAACAAGACCCACGACAUGCAUCUCGGACUGGAUGAGAGCAGGGAAUGUCAGUACAAUCAGAUCUGCACCCAUCAUAACUCCUCAUCCAUGGAAACCCCGCACACUAAAAAGAGGAGAGUGAAGAGAAAGUGGCAGGUCUUCCCAGGCCGGAACAAGUUCUACUGCGAUGGGCGGAUCAUGAUGGCGAAGCAGUCCGGCGUGUUCUACCUUACCAUGGCUCUGAUCCUGGUGACCAGUGGGCUGUUCUUCACGUUCGACUGUCCGUUCCUGGCCUCUAACUUGAGUCCAGCCAUUCCAGCCAUCGGUGGUGUGCUCUUCCUCUUCGUUAUGGUCAUGCUCCUCCGUGCGAGCUUCAGCGACCCCGGCGUUCUGCCCCGAGCCACUCCGGAUGAGGCGGCUGAUGUAGAGAGGCAGAUAGACGCAGCUAAUGGUGUGACUGGUGCGAGCUCACGGCCUCCUCCCAGGACCAGAGAGGUGCUAAUCAACGGGCAGACGGUCAAACUGAAAUACUGCUUCACCUGCAAAAUCUUCAGACCGCCAAGAGCCUCACACUGCAGUCUGUGUGACAACUGUGUGGAUCGUUUUGACCACCACUGCCCUUGGGUAGGCAAUUGCGUGGGAAAGCGAAACUACCGCUUCUUCUACCUGUUCAUUCUCUCGCUGUCCUUCCUCACCAUCUUUAUCUUCGCCUUCGUCAUCACCCACGUCAUUCUGAGAUCAAACCGGACCGGGUUUCUCAGCGCCCUCAAAGACAGCCCAGCUAGUGUUCUGGAGGUGGUCGUGUGUUUUUUCUCCAUCUGGUCCAUUGUGGGUUUGUCGGGUUUCCACACCUACCUGAUCAGCUCCAACCUGACCACCAAUGAGGACAUUAAAGGUUCGUGGUCAUCCAAACGAGGCAAAGACAACUACAACCCCUACAGCUACGGCAACAUCCUCACCAACUGCUGCGCUGCUCUGUGUAGCCCGUUACCUCCCAGUUUAAUUGACAGGAGAGGUCUUGUAGAACCAGAUGCCCCUCAGCCAGCAGCUCAGUCAAAUGGGACCAACGCGUGUCCUACAACUCAGCUCCAGAGUCACAUGUGUCACCAAGAUCAGUGCAUCCAGAGCACCAAAUUCGUUCUGCAGGCCGCCACCACGCCUCUUCUUCAUGCCCAGCCGGUGCUGCUGAGCGGAGGCGCCGUCCUGCAGGUCAAACCGCCGAUGGCUAUGCCUUGCACGCUUCACCCUUCUCUGCCGUCCUCCACUACCAGUCUGGGCUGUGGGGGUGAGCUUUUGGCUUUACACGACCCCGAGAGCCUCUGCCACCACCACCAGCUCAGCCACGAGGCCUUUGCCAGCCCCGAGGAGAUGCCCUCCCCGGCCAUGGCGCUGCCCUGCGCCGCCCACCUGGCACAGCUGUAUGACCCGGCCAGCCAGGACUCGCUGCACGAGGAUUCGGUCCGCGGCCUGGUGAAACUCAGCUCCGUGUAACAACCCCGGAAAACACGGAGCCAAAAGCCAUAGUUGAAUCUUUAUAAGACGGUGAAACACUUCCAGUAACAGUUUACCUUUCAGUCACAACAGGAUAAAACAGCCUCAAAAGAAAAAAAAGGACCAAGAGCAGUCUUCCAGCUCGUCUGUGUGUUACGCAGGAGAGCUGAUCUGUUAGCGCUCUCGCACUACGCCUCAAAAUGGACCAGAAUCAAAUCAAAAGAUAUCUUAGCAAGUGAAAAUAUCUCGGGUGAAGGAAAAUAUAUCUUAUCUUUCUUAUUGGGACACUGCAAUAAAACAGACAUCAGAUUACUAAGCCUAAAUUAGAGCAUUUUAAUCAGUGCAAGCUUUGAAAUGAUAUUCUUUUGGCAGGAAAUUUCGCUUGGCUGAUUUAUUUGGGAAAUGAACUUUCCAAGCUUUAAAAUUAAACAAAAGAAAAAAGAAAAGAAAAGGACUAGAAAUAUGUAUUUUAUAAAUACAGCCGCUGUUGAAUUCUGGAUUUUUGUUUCAAUGAAAGUAAUGAAAGGAUUAUAUUAAUAGUAAUGGCGACCGAUUAAAAGGGAUGUGUCACAUAAUCUAAGGAUUAGGCAGAUUAACGAUCUGAACAUUUUAACAAAAGGCAAAAUUCAUUGAUGUGAUGUUUUAUGGUGAGAUGUUUAUUUAACAUGUACAGCGUGAAUCUCCGUCAUCACUUCGUAAAACCACAGGAUGUUUUUCAGGAUGAAGAACGUUUCUCGUCACUAUGUAACAAGCUGUGCUUUUUGUCUUAUUAACUUCCAGUGAGAGCUUAAAGAGCUAAAGGCUGGUGCUGGAACAUUUAGAGCUGCCUUAACGUGAUUGAACUAAUUGGCUUCCUUGAAAUGUAACUAUAAAUGGAUAAAAAAAAAGGUACGACAGGGUGCUGAGUAGUAAAUGAAAAAUCAUUAACAUUAGCAAAUUGUUGUGGUGUAGGAGGAAUAAAACACUUCAGGAUGUGCUGUUAUUGGAAAAUAAACAGCUUUUAGUUGAACGGCGCUGGGUAUUCGGGACGCGCCACACCAUCCCUGGAUUAUUUUUCUCUAACAGCAUGCCACCCAGGUGUUUUAUUCCUCUAUUUCUUAGAUAAAUUAACCUUUAUUCAGGAUAUUUUCACGUGUUAAAAUAUCAUGUUUGGAGUACAUGUAAACAAAACUGACCUUUGUUCCUUGUGCUUCUUGUGUCAUUGAGAAACAAAGAUGUCCCAGUAUUAUAGCACUUCAGAAUCCUUCAUGAGCUCUGGAAGGACCACAUCGCUCUCCGUCACGCGCAGUCCAUCAUUCAGACGGCGGAUGUCUUAUAGCGCUGAAGACUAAAGACAGUUGGUGUGUAAAUGCAAUCUCACUGCCUUUUUACAUCUCUCUGGGCUUCUGUCGACAAUAUCGUUCUGGCAAUAUGGCAAUAUGACAGUGGGCUUAUAAACAUGGGUGAUUAUAUUGCAUCAGAUCUUUUUUGAUAUGUCUGAAUCACACAUUAUGGUGAUGUGAUUUAUGUGCCAAAUACGAGUUCAAUGAUUUCCCAUUGUAGAGGUGAUGAUCUUGUCAAUAAAUUUGCAAGUUUGUA